AUGUAUCGCCUCUACGGCAUUGAUAAUGCCCUCGAUGCCGCUGGCAUGGACGCCGUCGACCUCCUACGUGCCUUUUUCCUCCUCGCCGCUGCCUCGAGCCUGUCGGUCAGCAUCCCGUCCUCCCUGCGCUCUCGCUUCCUCAUCUAUGGCCCGCGUGCGACCUCGACGGGCUCGGGGUCCCGGCCUCCUGCUGGGAAUACCUCCGGCCUGCUCGACUACCUCGCGACCUGGCAGGUGCCACACGUCUAUUUCACCCAUUUCUACAUCGCGUCCGUACUGUCAUCCGCCUUCUGGGGGUUCCAGUUGUUCUUUCGCGGGGCCGUCUUUCAGGCGGUCGCGUCGCGGGUGAGCGAGGAGCACCGACUGCAGUCGAUGUCCUUGACACAGGUCAUGAUCUGUUGGCUACUACUUGCCAUGCAAGGAUCCCGGCGGUUAUGGGAGUCCUUUGCUUUUGCGAAGCCUUCUACGUCGAAGAUGUGGUUCAUGCAUUGGUUGUUGGGCCUUGGGUUCUACCUGGCUGCGGGUGUGGCCAUCUGGAUUGAGGGAUCGGGAACCAUUCUGACUCGGUCUGUCACCAUCGACCACAUCAAGAUCACAAAUGCCCCGACCAUGCGCACCUUCUUCUGCGUUCCAUUGUUCCUUAUAGCCUCUGGCAUGCAGCACGAUUGCCACCACUUCCUCUUCUCAUUGAAGAAAUAUACCCUCCCAGACCACCCCAUCUUUCGUGGCAUCGUAUGCCCGCAUUACGGAGCUGAGUGCGUCAUCUAUCUGUCUCUCGCAGUACUGGCUGCUCCGCCAGGUCAGGUGGUAAACAAGACCAUGCUUUCCUGUCUGGCUUUUGUGGCAGUGAACCUCGGUCUGACUGCCCAGACGACCAAGCAGUGGUACAUGCAGAAAUUCGAUAAAGAGGCGGUGCAAAAUCGGUGGCUUAUGAUUCCGUACGUUUAUUAA